AUGGCUGGCCUUUGGAAUGCGUUGCGGUCUGAAGUCAUGGGGACCGUGGAUGAGUUUCGCCAAAAGGGUGCAAUUGGUGCCCUGCGAGAUGCAGCCUUGGAUGCUCGUGACAUGGCGACCGACGCAGGCUCCUGGGUCCUGGGCAAUGUGAAAUCUCUUGUGGACGGCGAUGGCAAUGCAACUGCCGUGCUGCGCUAUGAUGGAGUUCCGCCCCGCGGAGCUGAAGUACCUUUGCAAUUCAGCGAUGGUCGCAUAAUGAAGGCUAUCGUGCUGCAAGUGGAUGGUGUCUCCUCGCCCCCUCGUGCGCAGGUGCAGGUGGAUGGAAUGGAAGAAGCCGUGCUGGUUCCGGUGCUUCCAACAACUGAUGUGGCCCCGGAUGCCACCGAAGCAGCUGCUGGCGAUGGAACAGAUCCAGGGCUGCUGGCCAGCAUCAGACAAGAAUUCAGAGAGACAGUUCAAGACUUCAAGCAGAAGGGCGCUGUAGGCGCACUCAAAGAUGCUGCGUUUGACGCGGUCGACAUGGUUGGAAGUACUGCUGGCAAGGCAGUGAAUCUAGUAGGCAGCACUGCCGGAAAGGCAGUGGAUGGGGCCAUCUCUUUAAUAGAUGUGGACCCAAAACCCGAACAAACCGGUGACCAAGCGGCUCCCCAGCAACGCGGAAGUGUUAUGCAACUGGUUGAUGGAGUGAAGAGCGAGAUUCACAGCACAGUGCAGGAUUUCCGCGAGAAGGGGGCUGUAGCUACUUUCAAAGAUGCAGCCCUUGAUGCCGUUGAUCUUGUUGGCACCACGGCUACAACCGUGGUGAGUGGGGCCAAAGGAGUAGCCGCCCCUUUGCUUGAGGACUUCUGGGCCAGCGACAAGCCCAGUACAGAGCCCGCCCCUGCGAGCGUCCCUGCAGCCUCAAGCCCUUCAGACCCUUCCACGAGCACCGCCAGCGCAGCCAGCGCAGCUCCCACGGCUCCCACAGCUCCAACUCCAGCCUCAGCAUCGGCACCAUCAUCCGUUCCAGUGACCUCAGCACCAGCGCCAAGCACAGCCCCUGUACCAGCGGGUGGCUCAGGUGGCUACGCUGCCGCCAAGGCGCCAGAGGCCACAGGAUCGACGGACAAGCCUGGCCGAAAAUCCCUGGUGCAGAUGCGGCGGGCCGCGUUCGAGAAGCAAAAGGAAGAUGAAGCAGAAGAACCCAAACAAGGGGAGCAGAAGGAGGAAGAGGAGGAGGAGGUCAUUGACUGA